AAACAAAAUUUUGGUAGACCGGAGAAACUCGUAAAAAGCCAGAUUAGUCGCGUUAGAGAAUUUCCGAGCAUUCGCGAAGGUAGAUUGGAACAAUUAGUAGAGUUCAAAAUGAAGGUACAAAACUUGGCUUCAUUCUUAGAAGCAGCUAACGCACAUCAGCAGUUAAAAAACCCAACAUUAAUGGAGAAGUUAAUCUUAAAGUUACCAGUGCAACAGAGACUGGAGUGGGCACGCCAUUCCAAGCAACUAGGAGAUGAAAAAUCGACCAGUCAUUUAAGUCUAUGGCUUCAGGGAUUGGCCGAAGAAGUGCAAGACGCAGGAUUGGUUGACGAUCAGGCGACGUUCAAGCCAAAGAAGGAAAAGUCGAGACUAUUCCAUGCAAACGACAUCGGACUUGUAACCAUGAAGGCGUGCUCCGUCUGCAAUGGGAAACACGACUUGGAAAACUGUAACUCAUUUGCCCAGUUAGAACUUGAAAAAAAAUGGCAGCAUGUAAGGGAAAGAAAAUUAUGCUUCAAUUGCCUAAAGUACUGCCAUCGUAGUCAAAAAUGUAGACGACAUCACCAAUGUGGACUUGAUGGAUGUGCCAAACGCAUUCACCGUUUGCUCCAUGCAGAAUCAGUUAAUCAACCAGGCGAGGAAGUAAAGUUCACAGGAACAGCAACGCAUGAGACUAGCUCAAUGAUUUUGUUUAAGAUAUUGCCUGUUAAUCUUCAUGCUAAAAAUAAAAUAGUGAGGUGCCACGCCUUUUUGGAUGAAGGUUCUGCAGUAACCCUUAUAAAUGAAAGCCUGGCAGACGAGUUAGGAUUACAUGGGCCCAAAGAAAGUCUGACAUUGCAAUGGUUUGGAGAAAAGACAUCAACGGAAUUGGUCAGCCGAUUUAAUAUUGGAAUAUCUGAUGAACGUGGAGGCAAGGUCUAUGCACUAAACGGAGUAAGGACUAUUAAGGAUUUACGGCUGCCGAAGCAAUCCGUAAACAUGUCUGAGCUAAGUUCGCAAUACCCACACAUAAAGAGUAUUCCUUUGAAAGGCUAUAGAAAUGCUAGACCUGAAAUACUAAUCGGACUAGAUAACCUACAUUUGAUAGCUCCAAAGCAAAUGAGAUCUAUGGGAUACGUUGGGCCAGCCAUUGCAUUAACCAAUCUGGGAUGGGUUGCGUAUGGAAAAUGUCGCGGAGAAUCAGGACCCAUGAGUAAUGUAAAGGCCGUACAUCUGGUUAAACACAAUGACGAGCACAUUGAACAGUUGGUGCGAGACGAAUUCGGAAAUGGAUGUGCGGAUUGUGAAAAACCACGUAGAAGGUCGAGAAACUGAGAGAUCGAACCGAUUGCUAUCAACCACGACAAAACGUAUUGGUGACCGUUUUGAAACGGGAUUACUAUGGAAAGUGGAUGACGUCGUCUUGCCUGACAGCAAGAAAAUGGCAAUAAAGAGACAAUUGUCUUUGGAAAGAAAAUUUAUACAUGAUCCAGAGUGCUACAAAAAAUACUGCGACCUGAUGGAAGCAUACGAAGAAAAGUCAUACAUUCGGCAUAUCACAAGCAAUGAACUGGAAGUGGACAAGAAAAAAGAAUGGUUCCUGCCUCAUUUUGGGGUCUUAAAUCCUAACAAGCCCGGCAAGUUGAGAAUUGUUUUCGACGCGGCUGCAGAAGUCGAUGGAGUGUCGUUAAACUCCAUGCUCAUGACUGGCCCCGACGGGUAUCAAUCCCUAACGGACAUUCUUAUGAGGUUCAGACAGAAACCGAUUGGAGUCUGUGCUGACAUAGCAGAAAUGUUCCACCAAGUCAUAAUACGAAAGGAGGAUCGAUGUGCCCAACGCAUACUAUGGAGGAAGAAUCCAGGCGACGAGAUGAAGGAGUAUGUAAUGCAGGGCAUGACCUUUGGAGCCAAAUGUUCACCGGCCUCUGCUCAAUAUGUGAAAAAUAGAAACGCACUUGAAUUUAAGGAAUCGUAUCCAGAUGCGGUGAAUGCCAUUAUUAAAAACCAUUAUGUGGACGAUUUGGUGCAUUGUUUUUCAUCCGAAGAAUCGGCUGUGAGAGUCGUGAAGGAGAUAGUUGACAUUCACAAAAAGGGAGGAUUCGAACUGAGAAAGUUUGUGUCCAAUUCGAAAUUCUUCAACAAGGUUUUUGGUAACGAACAAGUAGCUGAACCCAUAACUCUUGAUAGGGAUGAAUCUUCGAAUUAUCAAAAGGUCCUGGGAAUGUACUGGUGUACACGCAGCGACGAAUUUGGGUUCUCUCUUUCGUUUAACAAAAUUGACGCAUCAAUCUUUUCAGAAUCAAGAAUACCGUCUAAGCGAGAAGUAUUGCGAGUGGUUAUGUCUGUGUUUGACCCAUUUGGAAUUCUAGCCGAAUAUUCCCUGAUCGCUAAACUGCUUCUGCAGUCAAAAUGGCAAAAGCGAACAGAGUGGGACCAGCCAAUUGAGGGCGACGAUAUAAAGCAAUGGAAAUGUUGGUUGCGCAGCCUAAGCCAAGCAUGCAAGAUAAGGAUACCCCGAUGUUACGCUGAAGAGUUCUUUGGGGAACCAAUUGAACUACACAUAUUUUGCGAUGCGAGUGAGUCAGCUUAUGCAGCAGUUGGAUACUGGCGCAUACGUACGAAAUCUGGAUGGAAGUCCGCAUUUAUAAUGGGAAAGACCAAGUGUGCCCCAAUGAAACUAUCGACCAUACCCAGGCUCGAGCUACAGGCGGCAGUGCUAGGAACUCGUCUCAGGAAAUGUAUUCUUGAGGGUCACGACGUCAACCCCAAAUGUGUCCACAUGUGGUCCGACUCCAAGACUGUCUUAGCAUGGAUUAAAUCAGAUCACAGAAAAUAUAAGCCAUAUGUAGGACACAGAAUUGACGAGAUACUUGAAGCCACAAGGUUGGAAGAUUGGCAUUGGGUGCCUACUAAGGAUAACCCGGCAGACUUUGGCACCAAACUCAGAUCUGGAACUCGAGAAACCUCCUGGUUGAGAGGCCCUCAAUUCCUUCAAGAGGACGCAAGUCAAUGGAAUCUAGGAACUUCAGACGUUGGUGACACGGAACUGGAACUAAGAAGCAAGUUUACGUUAUCAAUCAAUGAGAUGUCUUCAAAUGGAUCUGUCAAUAUCGUAUUCAGGGAGUUGCUGGAAAGGUUCUCUUCAUUUACAAGGCGGAUGCGAGUUGUCGCUUGGGUCUACAGGAUGUGUGAUCGUAAGAUCAAACGAAAAGUCUACCUUGAUGUAGCUGAAAUUGAAGAAGCUGUACUCAUAGUGAUCCGCAAUGUACAGGAUGUUGCAUUUCAUGAUGAGCGGGUGGCGCUAUUGACUGGACAGUCCAUCGAAAAGAACAGCAAGCUGUGGAAGUUGUCUCCGAUCAUAGACGGAAGAGAAGUGAUCCGCAUGAAUGGGCGUAUUAAUAACGCAUGUUCGGUUGGAGAAGAAACCAGGCGUCCAAUAUUAAUGCCCCAAGGGCAUCACGUUACAAAAUUGAUCGUGCGACAUUAUCACGAGCUAUGGAAACACCAGAAUGAAAACACAAUUAUAGCAGAAAUACGCAGAAAGUACUACAUACCACACUGCCGACAGGAGGUUCGCCGUGCAGCUAGAAAUUGUAUGACUUGUAAAAUCCAGAGAGCUUCACCAAAAAUGCCAUUAAUGGGACAACUUCCUAAGGACAGACUCUCUCCGUACGUACGCUUAUUCUCAUAUGUUGGAAUCGUUUAUAUGGGACCGUUUCUGGUUGUAAGAGGAAGGCCUGGAUAGAAGAAACGCUGGAUAUGCAUAUUUACAUGCCUUACGCGGAAGACCAGUAAGAAUCCGAUCUGACAAUGGUACCAUUUUGGUGGGAGCUGAGCGUGAAUUGAAAAGAGAAUUACAGGACCUCGAUCACAUUAGAAUAGCGAACGAGCUGUCAACCAAGCAGAUCGAAUGGCUGUUUAAUUGCCCGCUAAACCCCCAUGCAGGUGGGUGCUGGGAAAGAUUGGUACGCAGUGUGAAGAGGGCCAUAGGACACGCGCUGCAUGACAAAAACCUGAAAGAAGACAUACUGUAUAGCCUAAUGUGUAACGCUGAAAACAUAGUAAAUUCCAGACCGCUUACACACAUUGCUCUGGAUAACCCCACAGACGAUCCGAUAACCCCUAAUCACUUUCUUUUAGGUUCUCCCAAUUCUAGCCAGACACCACAUCCACAAGAGGAGAAGUACCAGCCAACUCGAAAGGAAUGGCGCAUCGCUCAGCAGAUCUCACACUCAUUUUGGAACAAGUGGCUCAAUGAGUACCUACCAGACCUAUGCAGACGGACAAAGUGGCAUCACCCAAUGCCACCACUCGCUGAAAUGGACAUUGUUCUUAUCUGUGAUAAGAAUCUUCAUCGAUCUCAAUGGAAAAAGGGAGUUAUUCUAGCAGUCACGCCUGGACGCGACGGACAGGUUCGCUCAGCCACUGUAAAGACGACGGCUGGAGUUCUACACCGCCCAACCUGUAUGCUGGAAAAGCUAGACAUAUUGUGAAUCACGAGCGUGCUUGAUUCACGGUGGUGGGGAUGUUGUCGAGAAAAAUUAGCUUAUAUAUACUUAGUUUUAAGCAAGGGCACAGAUACCCUACGUAAAGAAAAAAGAGAGAAGAAAAAUGGCCACACUAUGAAAAGACAAGAAGGUCACAUUAGUUUGAGCAGUCGAAGAAAGAGCGGGGAGAAAAGACGAAGCGAAAUAAAACGCAACCAACGCCUAAAUACCUAUGAAGAUAAGAGAUUGUGUUUUAUCCGCAAUUCUCACGUUCCUGGA